AGAUUUACAUAAUAAUUUGCAUAUCAUUUACUCUAUGCAUAUGCAUGAAGACGUCCAGUUUUGGAAUAUCAGCAUUAAUGAAAGUAUACAUGCACAUGAUAACAUGUCAGCGCUCGUAUGAAAUGCUGUCACUCUCUCGGUAGGUGCCGGUGACGCGUCGCUUGAGCCGGAUCGCCGUGAACGCACCGGAUCGCAGCGCGUCACGUGUCUCCGGUGGACACCAGAGGAGCGCAAAGUUCCCGACGUUCCAGAUGGGAAGAGCGGGAAUGCUUUGGCAAGCAGAGGGACCGAAGGACAUCACCUGAGAGAGAUGUUAUUCACACUGCGAUCCGACGCAUGCGGCGCCGCAGGAUGCGUGCAUGCAGGAAUUUAACGUUUCCAGCGUUGUUGCAAUGCGGCGGGGAGGAAUCUGAUGAGAGCAGGGAUCUGGGACGGUGAAGGCUGGGAUUCUGCGCUGCUCUCUCUGGAUCCAGACCUCUGAUCGUGCUCUCGCUUUCUCUCCGGUUGCGCAUCGCGCGUUUCGCGCUCAUUGAAGCCGCGACGAUGACCACCGCGGAUCAGGAGCAGCAGCAGCAUCAGGACCGCACCAUGACGACGGUCUCCAAGAAAUCCAUCAUCGCCAAGAUGUUCAAAGUGCGCAAGAGGAGGGAGAUGCUGCUGGCGCAGGUGUGUUUGGUCUGCAGUGUUCUGCUCGUGGCGUGGGGCAUGUCGACCAUCCUGACCAGGACAGGUCAUGGUAUGAUAGUGGAGGAGUCUUAUUUGGAAUCAGAUGAUCACUGGGGUCGACGGCUGAUGUCCUCCACACCUGAUAAUUCGACGGAGGAGAAGAACUGCACUGAGCCAGCCAUCCAUGAAUUUCCAGAUGAUAUGUUCACCAAUGCUGAGCGGAAGAGCGGUGCUGUACUGCUGCAUAUUAUAGCGGCUCUCUACAUGUUCCUGGCCCUGGCAAUCGUGUGCGACGACUACUUCGUGACGUCUCUUGAGAAAAUCUGUGAGAAGCUGAAUCUGAGCGAGGAUGUGGCUGGCGCAACGUUCAUGGCGGCGGGGAGCUCAGCGCCCGAACUCUUCGCUUCUGUUAUAGGCGUCUUUAUCACCCACGGUGAUGUUGGAGUCGGAACGAUCGUCGGUUCUGCCGUCUUUAAUAUCCUCUGCAUCAUCGGAGUUUGUGGGAUCUUUGCCGGACAGGUGGUCUUACUGACCUGGUGGGCUGUUUUCCGUGACUCUUUCUUCUACAUAUUGUCUGUAAUUGCUCUAAUUGUGUUUAUCUAUGAUGAAAAGAUUGUGUGGUGGGAGAGUCUGGUGCUGGUGGUUAUGUAUGCUGUAUAUAUCCUCAUCAUGAAAUUUAAUGCAAGCAUGCAGAAGUUUUUCACAAGACGGAGCGACAAGAACGUUGCCAAUGGAAACGCGGCGGCCGGCAACGAACUGGAGGACGGUAAAGACAGUUUAGACUGUAACUGGGAUGAUCUGUCAGUACCGCUAUUGGGUACAGUCAAGCCCAGUAAGAUUUACAGUCGAGGUUCAGUGGUAAUGGUUGAUGAAAUCAUCAACGCCAGUCCUCCAAAUUACCGUUUCCCUGAAGCUGGUCUCCGUGUCAUGGUCACAAACCACUUCGGACCCAAAACUCGUCUGCGCAUGGCCAGCCGUCUCAUUAUAACAGAGCGUCAAAGGUUGGUCCAGUCGGCCAAUGGCGUUGAGACGGCCGUGGUGGACGGUAAACCUGACAUUGAGAAUGGAAACGUGCCAGAAGACAAAACCACUGAGGAGAAAGAGAGUGAACUCACCUCACCGUUCAGACUACCAGACGGCUGUAUGAACAAAACCAAAUGGCUGAUCUCUUGGCCGUUGUUGUUGAUCCUGUACUUCACCAUCCCAAACUGUGCCAAGUCUCGCUGGGAGAAAUACUUCAUGCUGUCAUUCAUCCUCUCCACCGUCUGGAUCGCCGUCUUUUCCUACUUUAUGGUGUGGAUGGUGACGAUUAUCGGGUACACGCUCGGCAUUCCCGAUGUCAUCAUGGGCAUCACGUUUCUGGCCGCGGGCACGAGCGUUCCGGACUGUAUCGCCAGCCUGAUCGUGGCUCGUCAAGGUCUGGGAGACAUGGCCGUGUCCAACACCAUCGGCAGUAACGUCUUUGACAUUCUGGUGGGGCUCGGCGUUCCCUGGGCGCUGCAGACCAUGGCAGUCAGUUAUGGAUCAGUUGUGAUGAUAAACAGUCGGGGACUUGUUUACUCCGUGGUGCUGCUGCUGGGCUCUGUCGCGCUCACCAUUCUUGGGAUUCAUCUGAACAGGUGGAAGCUGGACUUUAAGCUGGGCGUCUAUGUGCUGGUGCUGUACGCCGUCUUCCUCUGCUUCUCCAUCAUGAUCGAAUACAACGUCUUCACUUUUGUCAACCUGCCCAUGUGUCAGGAAGACUAGAAUCACACGGGCCACUCUGUAUCCCAGAAUGCACCAUCCUGAUGUCACAACCUCCGUUCUUGCACUCCAGAACCAUCAUCACCUCAAACUGGACAAAUGUUAGUCUUCAUGUGGACUAACGCUAUCUAACGCUCCUCUCGUUCGACUCAUCUCACUGUGGAUGGAUGGACAAACGCAUACGAUCUUCCACUUGAGCUCAUUUUCCAGACCUCCGAUUCCAAAUUUUAACCCAGAAAGAGGAACUUCUCCUUGGCAGCUCUUCUCUUCCAGUUGAGAUCUUUAAUAUCUCAAAAUGCAAGGCAAAUACGGAGCGUAAGGACGCCUGGAUAAGCAUUCGUCCUUUUCUACAUGCCUGUUUUUCUUUUCUACACUGAUCUGUUUGUUUUCUUUGUUGAAAGAUGUCUUUUUCUAACCGCUCAAUCUCUUCAUGAAGUCUUUAUCGUUCGCACAACUGUGAAUUCUUUUACAGCACAUUGCUUUUUUAGCUUAGAAAGAAGCUAAAUACUCAGAAAUGCAAGAGAAAUGAACAUUUUCUGUUAUUAUUGUGUCCUAAUCAGCUACGAUCGUUCAUGCAAAUCCGUGCAAAUCUCAUUGGUCUAAAAAAUCUGCAUAUUAAACAACAUCAGUGUUGCAGCUGGCUGUGAUUUUUUUCGCAGAAUUGACUUUUUCAUUGCAGACGGACUAAUUACUUGUUAUUUAAAGCAUGUCGUGCCUGAUUAGGACAGAUGCAUGGUAAAAUGAUUUCUUAAUCAGUAUUUUUGGUCUUGUUUUAUUAGUAGGAAUAUCUAAAUAUUCCUUAAACAAGAUACAUUUACUUCAAAAUAUUAAAGCACUGAGAUAUUUAGAGUUUGCAAAGAUUAUAUCUUUAAGUAUUUUGUUGUAUUUAUGCUUAAAAAAUUCUAAAGAAUAUGCAGAAAUGCAAGAAGAGCGAAAGUCUUGCAUGCUAUCCAUUUUAUUCUUAAGAGUUUAAAAAAAAAAUCAAUUUUGCCAAUGAAAUUCAAAUUCAGAAAGUUUAAGAUAUUAAAACUUUGAGUUAUUAGAAGUUUUCAAAGUCUGAAUCUUUAAUUAAGUUGAUUUUUCUUAUUUUCUUACAUCAUUGGUAAAUUAUUUUAAGCGUAAACCUGACUCAGUUUACGCUGAAAAAAGGAGGAAAAAAAAUACAAGAGAAAUUAAAGUAUUGCACAUCAUCUAUUAUUAUUAUUGCAUUGUUACAAAAAAAAAAAAAAAACAACAACAAUGAAUUUUUGCCAAUAAAGUAAGUUUAAAAUGAAUUAAAAUACGUGAGGAUGUUAAGAGUUAUAAAAUAAUUGCAUGUACUGUAAAAAGAUAAAAAGAAAGAUGAUAAGAAAUCUUUUAAAUCACUGUAAGAAAAGUCAACUUAAUUCAAAUUUUGUUUUAAUGAUAUUUAGAUAUUUAGAAAAACAGACAAAAAUACUGAUAAUGAAUAAUUUUAUUUUGCUGACAAAUUGUGAAUUUGUAUAUGUUUUAUUCACAAAAAGCAAUGUUCUUGUUUUAUGAUUUUAGGAGGUUUUGCCGUAGCCUCUUUGAGGGCUCUGUGAAUAUAAACUUGCCUAUGAAGAGAUUUAAUAAUCAUAUUUAUUUCUAGAUGAGCAUCUGCAAUGUGGUUUCUGGUGGUUUUGGACUGGUCUUAUGCUCUUGAGAGGCACACGAAGUAAAAUGUAGAAAUUAGCACUUUAAAGCAAGCGAGCGGUUCGGUCUAAUUCAGAAGUGCUUCCCUCUGUCAGACGUGUGUGUUUGUGUGUAGAUGUUUUUGUGCGUGUAUUUGUGCGUAUCAGGGGAAGAUCUGCAGACAGGCCCUCAUCUAACCAAUCCAUGCACUGCAAAAAAUAAUGUUUUUCCUCUGUAUUUUGUCUUGUUUUUCAGUACAGACCAUUUUUGAGAAGCUGAAUAAGUCAUGAUAUUAAGGCUUGUUUUUUGAAAAAAGUUAUCAGAUAUCUUUCAUUUGGUUUAGAAAAAACCCUUAAUACAAAAAAAACAAAAAACAAAAAAAAAACAAAUUAUUUUUCUGACCCCGUUGGCAGAUAUUUUGUUCUUUUAUGUACAGUAAAUCUCACUACAUUUUGGGAGGCUUGGGAAGCCAAAUGAAUGUUUUCUGGGGGGAAAAAGGUCAAAAUGAAGUUUUUAUUUAGAAAAUUAAUUUAAUUCACGAGGAGAAAUUAUUAUUAUUCUGACCCAACCGGCAGAUUUUUCUUUUCUUGUUUUAAGCAAAAAUAAAAAUCAUUUUAAUAAUUUUUGAAGAUUUAAAAAAAAAUAUUAGGUCUUUUCUGAAAAAAAAAAAAAAAAAAAAAAAAUCAAUAUUAACAUUUUUUUUCUUAUUUUAAACUUAAACUCACCUUUUUUCACAAAACAAGUCAUUGUAUCGUGUGAUUUUAAUUCUCAAGUCUGAAAAGUUGAAACCAAGUGAAAACAAGACUUGAGAAUCAAAAUGACUUAAGAUAUUGUCUUGUUUGAAAUUAGUAUCUAUAUAUUUUCUUGUUUCAAGCUUAAACUGACUUUUGCUAAAAAAAAUUCACAAAACAAGCUGUAAUAUCUCGUCAUUUUGAUUCUCUAAAUAAAACAGUUUUUCAGAAAACAAGAUUUAAGAUGCAAAAUGACUUAAGAUAUUAAGAAAACAGGAUUUAUGAUGCCAUUGGCAGACAUUUCCUUGUUUUAAGCAAAACCUCAGUUUAUUUUGAAACAUUUUUCAGAAAACAAUACUUAAAAACAAGUCUCUAAAGUAAAUAUAUCUUGAUUUAAUGAUGUAUUUUUACAACAGGACAAAAACACAGAGGAAGCUCAUUAUUCUUUUGCAAUGUGAGCACAGCCACCAUCAGCACACGCCUGCGACUGCAGUGCAUUAUGGGACGUUCCGCCGAGGUGAUCUCCGGACAGUCGUCUCCAUGGCAACCCUGGCCCUUGCCCGUUUCCGACCCGGCAGCUACAGAACCAAACCACGGCGGAGACGUUUUCCCAUCACGUGGAUCGAAACGUGACUCAAACAUUGUGGAAAUCAACUGUUUUUGUGCCGGAAGAAUGGGGUUUAUGCAAUAUGAGCACUGCUGUUUCUGUGCAAAACAUCUGGACGUCAUUUUUUAUGAAUGUUGGAGGUGAAAUAGCAAUAGGAUGUGUAGUAGUGGACACUAUGCAGGGAGGCCGUGGCUGUGCUCUCCAGGGCACUAACAGGGCAUUAACUUCCUCCUCACAGGGCGCUUCCAGACUCAAACACAGACUUACGAGCCGCCUUGAACUUCUGAGUGGAAGAUGAGCUUCAGUGAGAAGCGAUGGAGACUAUGAAGGUGUUUAUUUUUGGUUUUCAGCACGUCUUGCGCAUCUUCCGAUCUCAACUUCUUUUAAAGAUAGUUCCUCUGGACUUUUCGUACAGACGCUUCAUGUAUAUGCAUUUCUGUCUGAUACAGGAACAUUUAGAAUACAAAACCAAGCAUAGAUGAAUAUUCUCUAGUGCCAUUUUGUAAUUAAAAAUGGGGGUAAAUCUUACAAAAACAUGUCCAUGGUAUGUUUCACCCCAAAUCAAAAGCUGACGUUAUAUUUUGCACAUGAAGUCUGUUCAUUGGGACACUGAUUUCAUGAAAAUUGAGCACAUUUUCCCCUUAAUGAAUGUUUGGAUGUUUAAAAAAAAAAAAAAAGCAAUUCUAACAUUUUCCCGCCAGGGAUUUUAAAUCUUACAAUUUUGACUUGUUUCCUCAGAAUUCUGAGUUUAAAUUUCUUUCCCGCCAUUCCGAGUUUAAAUCUGGCAAUUCUCAUUUAUUUGUUUUUGUUUUUUUAAGAACUGUUUGAAAAAAAGUCAGAAUUGUUAGAUUUAAACUCAGAAUAAGUGAGAAAAAGUUGUAAUUGUGAUAUAAACCUGUAGUGGAAACAAACUUCAAUGGUAAUUCCCUUAAAAAUAAAAUGUAUUUUGCAUUUAUAGGAAAUGUGUUUAACUGUCAUGAAAAUGAUGUUUCGGUGAUGUUCUGGUUCUAAAUAACAGACUUCAUUUUCUUUAUGCAAAAUCUAACAUCUUUAUUUACUUUAUUUAAUUUUGGGGUGAAUUUUGACCUGGACAUUUUCUAGACAGCUUUUGAAGAUUUACCCUGCAAAUGCACAUGUUGAUAAUGCAGACUUUUACAGCUGUUGGAAGUCAUUUGUUCUUUAGAUAAAGAUUAUUUGUACAUACGUUUGAGAUGCUUUAAUCAUGACUGAUUUACCAUCAGUUGAGCUGGUGGGCUCUUCAUUUAACACUUGAUUUGAGGUUUUUUGUUGUAUAUUAACGCACACUUUCUCUCUGUCUAACGACACAAUGAUCACAUAUCUGGUUAUGAAGUCACUUUUUUAUUAAGUAUAAUUCAGAUGGCAUAAUUGUUGUACCUCUACAUGUACAUAUUGUGGAUUGUAUGGGAACUUACAAAAUAAGUGCACACACACAAACACAUUCAAUACGUGUAUGAACUGCGACCCCAUGCACUGUGAGCUCAACGUGAUGUGGGAUUCAUGUCAACAAGAAGAAUAAUAAAUGUAUGAUGAUCAAAAUAUAAAUAUAUCUAUAUUUCAUGUAAAGUUAGUUACUAUGACCCAUAACUGAAUACAUCUGUAACACGUAUAUGAAUGUAUUGUCAUGCUUAAUGGACAUAUCCAACCAAUGCAUUUUACUGUAAAGCAAUAACAUGAGAAAAAAAAGAUGCAUAAAUAUAUAUGUGAAAGAAUGAUUACUGUACAUUUGUCAUAUGAAUCUUUGAGAAAGGAAUGUUUAAAAUCACAAAUUAAACAAUGCCAUUUA